AUGGCGAGCUGGGUGGAUCAUGUUCAGGCUUUGAGCCAGACCAACAAUAUUGAGGAUGCGGCCAUCUACGGGUUGGAUGGCACGCUGUGGGCAGCCACAGGGAAACUGCAGGCAGCUCCAGCAGCGGAGGCACAGGCCAUCCUCGAGGCCAUUGAGAGUGAGAAGGUGGCAGCCCUCCUCGUGGAACGUGGCAUCAAUUUUGGUGGCAAGCGAUACCUCUUUCUGCGACGCGACAACUGCGGCAUCGUCUUCUACAAAACAUUGAAGGCGCUCGUCGUCGCCACUUAUGCUUUUCCAGCAUCGGCGGCUGACUGCCUCACCCAAGUCUCUUCCUUCGCAGACUACCUCAUCAGCAUGCAGAUGUAG